GAGGUCAAGUUUUCUGUAUACACGCCAACAAUAUCUCCUCCACUCGCGUCGUGCAUGACUAAGCAGAGAAAAAGCGGUUUGUUUACCUUUUUCCCCAUUGGGAAGCGAAGCCCUCUCUGGCAAACAACCCGACCGUUUCCUGCUCCACUAUCAUUUAUUUCAUCGAACAUUUAUAUAGGCGCUCAUUCUAUGUGCUGGUAUUAUCCGGUCUUGCAGACCCGCCAUUUUUUCCUGGCUUUUAAUCGAUACAUUCCCGAGCCCUGAUUAUUUCUCCAACAUGGUCGGAGCAACACGCUCCCAGGCCCCUGCGCGCAGCUUGCGAAGCGGCAUGAUACGGCCCCCUCAGAGAACUACGAGGGCCUCUAUUCUUAGCGAGCGAGCAGAUUCCCCAGCCACUGCACUCAGGCCUUCCAAUACAAAUACCACUCGUUCGAUUCGAUCACCCAGCGUACACCCAACUACAGGGCUGAAGCGGAAGGAAAGAGAGUUUGAGCCUCAACCCGUCCAGCGCACAAACAUUCAUGUUGUUGUACGGUGUCGCGGUAGGAAUGAUCGAGAAAUCAAGGAAAACAGCGGCAUGGUUGUGUCAACCCAAGGAGUCAAGGGGACAAAUCUAGAGCUGUCCAUGGGGCCAAAUGCGAUGGGAAACAAAGAGUACCACUUCGACAAGGUGUUUUCUCCUGCUGCGGAUCAAUCAAUAAUUUAUGAGGAUGUUGUGGCCCCAAUUUUGAAUGAGAUGCUCUCAGGAUUCAAUUGUACUAUAUUUGCAUAUGGCCAAACCGGAACUGGAAAAACCUAUACGAUGUCUGGUGAUAUGGAUGACACGCUUGGUUUGUUAUCAGAUGCAGCUGGCAUCAUCCCGCGGGUACUCUAUUCCCUCUUUAAAAAACUUGAGGAUAUGGAACAUUCUGUCAAAUGCUCAUUUAUCGAGUUGUACAACGAGGAACUACGAGAUCUUCUUUCCUCAGAGGACGGUACAAAGCUGAAAAUAUACGAGGAUGGGGCAAAAAAAGGCAAUCACGGUACUAUGGUACAGGGCCUGGGUGAAACUUACAUUCACUCUGCUUCUGCUGGUAUCAAGUUGCUUCAAGAGGGCAGCUACAAACGACAAGUAGCAGCUACAAAAUGCAAUGAUUUGAGUUCUCGAAGCCACACAGUGUUCACGAUCACUGUGUUUGUCAAAAGAAAGACCGAAAAGGGCGAAGAAUAUAUAAGCAGUGGGAAACUUAACCUAGUGGACUUGGCUGGCAGCGAGAAUAUCCAACGUAGUGGCGCGGAGAAUAAGAGAGCCACCGAGGCGGGGUUAAUCAACAAGAGCUUGCUCACUCUAGGAAGGGUAAUUAAUGCUCUGGUAGAUGGAGGUCCUCAUAUACCCUACAGGGAAUCCAAACUUACCAGACUGCUUCAAGAUUCUCUGGGUGGCCGUACGAAAACGUGUAUUAUAGCCACGGUAUCACCCGCAAGGAGCAAUCUGGAGGAAACCAUUUCAACAUUAGAUUAUGCUUUCCGCGCGAAGAAUAUUCGCAACAAGCCCCAGAUCAACUCCACUAUAUCCAAGAAAACUAUGCUUCGAGAAUUUACGACAGAGAUUGAGAAAUUGAAGACCGAGCUGAUAGCGACACGGCAAAGAAACGGUGUCUACCUUUCGUCCGCAGCAUACGAGGAAAUGACUAUCGAAAGCGAGUCUCGUCGCAUCCUUACAGAGGAGCAAAGAGCAAAGAUCGAAACAAUGGAAGCCAACCUCAAGAAUAAAGUUCAAGAGCUCUUUACUUUAACUAGCAAUUUUAAUGACCUGAAGAAGGAUAAUGAUUCCACCAAACUUUUACUGGACCAAACGGAAGAUUUACUGGAGAAAACGGACAUUGUGCUUAAUAAUACGAAGAGGAGCUUGGAGGAAGAAUCCAUGCUACGAAAAGCUCACGAGGAAACCGAGGAAAGCCUAUAUAACAUUGGAACCCGUUUGAUAUCGACUCUGGGGAAGUCUGUUUCCGAUGUUGACUGCCUCCACUUGAAGCUUCGACGACGGUCGGAUCUGCACACAUUGAAUAGGAAAAUAUGGCAAUCAUCUACCUCGGAAGUAUUGGAUAUGUCGAAAGUGGUGGACGAGCGAAUAGCGACAUUCCAAUACAAACAAUCUAAAUUACUUGAAGAUUUGACUAUUAGGAUGGAAGAUUUUGUCGCCCAGGAGUUAGAGCGAGUCAAGGCUGGUCAUUCUCUUAUUUCUCAGUCAGAAACUUCGUUCGAGAACGUAGAAACGGCCACCAAGGCGCAUACAACUGAAUGUCGAGAUGAAAUGAAUGAAGUCCUUGAAGAAAUUAAAAUUUUGCGUGAAGACGUCAAACAGAGAGUUGGCGAGGGAUUGAGUGGACUUUCUACCGCAGCAGAAAGGAUAUCCGGUGAAGUAAUAAAUGAGCUUGGGCAAUUUCAUCGCCAACUCCAUUCCUCGUACAUAUCCCUAGGCGAGGAAUUUAAGUCUGUCAUUGAUACACUUGUCAGUAGCCUCCAUUCGCAAAAGGAUGAUAUUCACAGGCUUCGAAAACUGGUGCAUGAAGCGAACACCCAAGCAGCCAGAGCGAGCGAAGACGCGAUGUUGAAGCUGCAGACCACUCUUGAUGAAGAGCGAACCGCUGCUGAAACAGAGCGCGCCACCCUGUUAUCGGGUAUAAAAAUGCUCUUGGAUAAGUCAGGUAAAACACAGUCGGCACGACUGGACACGAAGGUGAACAACAUCCGAUCGGAUAUGGCAGCUUCGCACGCUUUACUAAAAGAGGCCGACGUUGAAUUCGGCGAGCACAUGGACGAGUGGGAGUUGCAAGAGAAUAAAGUUAUCACGGAAGCUCUUGCAUCGGAGUCAACAGUUCAAAAACGGAUCGAUGAUGACUGGAUGAAUUUUGGUGCCCGAAAUAAUAAAAUCCAGGAAACAGCGAGAGCGGUACAUCGGGAGACCGAGAUGAUUGUUAACACUCAGAUGGAAGGAAUUGCUACACAAAUGCAAGCUUUAGAUGCUUUCGUCAUGAGAGCAAGGUCACAAAAUGAUAGCCAUCACGAGUCACGGAUCUCCACCUUAGAGAAUCUUGGAUGUAAUAUUCGUGAAUCAUACAAGGACAUUCAUAACACCCUGGAUGUGUUCGGCACCCAAGCUACAACAUUCCGGCAUGAAAUUCUUGAUGAGAAUGAAGUAAUUCAAGAGCCCAUUGACAAUCUCACCGUGGAUAUUAGGAAACCCCUUGCGGAGCUGCAAUCAAACAUUCAAUCCAAGUCGCUUACAGAAUAUACCAAGACUGGAGAGACCCCUGAAAAAACGCAGUAUGACUACCCAUCCACGCUGCCGCGAACCGAACCACAUGAUUCCCUCAUUGCUAGGAUGCGGGGAACCAAGGAACAACAUGAAAAUUCAACGAAUACCGACGCUUCUGCCACUGUGCCUUCUUCUCCUGGGCUAUGCUCUCCUAUUAAGUCGCCCACUAAGGCCAUGGUAUACCAAGAUGGCGGCAACGAGGUAGGAUCCAAAAGUCCUCCCACCAAUAUGAACGUCAAGCCAACAUCAUCCUCGUCUGCGGGGCUUAGGGAGGUCGAUAUAAACGUCGCCGCGAAACAGCUCUCUAGCGCUUCUUUCUCACAUUCUACCGAUUUUUCGUCAUCACUGAGAUCAUGCCCAGAUGAAGCCCCUGGAGAUACUGCGUGUAAAGAUCUCAUUCCUCCUCCAUCGAAGAGACGUAUUACAUCAUCACCGCUAGCUACGUCUGGCAUUAUUAUAGGAGAUAGUAAAUUACCUCAAAAGCUCAUGGGUAGGAGGAACCCCACGCUGAAUGGUCUAGGGAUGAUCACAGAGGGCGGGGAAAAUAUUCCCUUGUCGAUACAGUACGAGAACCAGCUCGCACAAGGCCGGAGGUUAAGACGGCACCCUACUUGAUUUCAUUGUUGGCAGGGAUAGUAUAGUUUUCUUUUCUAUUCUUUCCUUUUUGUUUUUCUUUUACUUUCUUUUUUCUUUUACCUUUCAUUCUUUCUGUCCCCUUUCAUUUGGUUUUAACCUCUGUGUAGUACUUAGAUUCUCGGGGAUUCUUUGUUGCUUUUCUGCUUUACAAUCUGUCACGGGAGUCAGUAGGCGUCAUUGGGUAUCAUUGGCGAGACGAUUAUGCAGAGAAUUGUCAUGUUGUCCUCACUUCUCAAGUAAAUUUUAUCUAGUAUUCCCGCGUCGGUUGCAUUCGUGAAUUCCUUCAAUAACUACUAUAAUAAUUGACUCCUAGAUAUUAUCGGAUGACGUCCCCCAGAUUUAUAAUGAGCUCUGCGGAGGAUUGAAAUGAAGUGCAUUAUAUUUAUCCAAUCUAAACCGUGGUUCUAAAUAUUUACAUCUCCAAUGCAGGUCAAACAACAGGGAGGAGAAGCAUAUCGAAAUUAAAACAACAUUCAAUUAACCAGAAAUCUUCCCAUAUCAAACGCCUCCUGUAGUCUAAGUUAGGAUAAGUAAAUAAAACCACCUAUUGGCCACGCUAUAAAUCAGUGCAAA